AGUGAAACUUCUCGAGACUACCACUAUGAGCUCCAAUAACCCCAACGAAGUUCAAGACGAUCAAGAGGAAGCUCGAAUUCCAGUACCUGUAGGAUCUCAGCACUCUCCAGUCAAUGCCGAGCUCCCAUCCCUCGCCUCUGGCGAAUUCUGGCAUUCUGGUACCCGUGGGAAUUUGAGACAAGCCUCAUCGGCAGAGUGCCAGCGUCUGCUUCAGAGAACCGACGAAGCAGCGAAACAAAGUGCAGCAGCACAGGAAGAACAAAUUGAGAAGCUCGCGGAGCAAGGAAGGAAAAAGGACGACAAACUCAAGGAAUUGGAGAAUAAUGCUGAGGCGCUCAAAACUCAGCUCCAGGAGCAAACCAAUGAUGCCAAAAAAGCAAAGGACGAGCUGCAGAAAAGUCUGAAAUCAGCAGCAGCAAGAGCCACAGAAGCAACUACAGCCGUUGCUGAGCUCCAAGCGAAGCUUCAGACGGUUGAGAAGGAGCAUAAGAAAGAGAUUGAAGACGCGAAAGAAGCUCUAGCAGCAGAGAAGCAAAAUUCAGAACGUGAAAAAAUGGAAUUGAAGAAGCUCACCGAGGAACUGCAGAGAAUGAAUCUUGAAAACAAGGAACUGAAGAAUAGAGUGGCCUCUGAGAAUUCAAGGGCCACAGGAGCCGUUCAAGAGGCUCAGGUGCUCCAAGAAAAACUGCAACAAGCUUUGAAAGCGCUUGAUGAAAAGACCACAAAACUUACAACACAAGAGAAUGCUCACAAGCUCCGCAUGGAUCAGUUUGAAGACGACACUAAGAAACGUCACAAAAAAGAAAUCAAGGCGCUGGAAGUGGAAGUGAAAAAACGAAACGCCACUAUUAAAGAACAUCAAGUUGCUGCUCAAGAGAGAAGAGCGAAACAUGAUGCGGAAGUCGAAGAGCUCGAACAAAAAUUGGCCACCGAAGAGGAGAAGUGCAGACGAAUCGUCCAAGAUAUCAGGGAAAAGCUUGAUGCUCAACUCCCGAUGGGACUACCGCCGUUCGUUCCGAUGGACAUCCCCGACCACGCUUCCACUGCUCCUCUGGUUUCCAGCCUGCUCAACGCUCCAGGAUCGCUUUACGGUCUCGAGGGGAUGCUCCAAGGACCACCACCGUUAAGCCAGGACCAACUGAACUCGAUUCUUCUCGGAGCAUUCACCAGACAUCUUUCGGAUCCCGCAAUGAUUCCACCACUUGAACUGGAUCCGAUGAUCUGUCAAGCACCAAGCAUCACAGAGUCCGUAUCGAAGCACAUCAUGAGAACCAGAAGCCUCACUCAGGAUUCAGUGAAGGUCAAGCUUGAACAUGUAGAAGAUGAGAUAAUCGACGUCGGAGUAAAUGAUUAUCAACCUCCUCAAACAUCUGUUGAGCCAGAGCAACAAGGAUCUCCAUCAGACUCUGAUAGCAAGAAGCUUCCCGAAUCCCCACAAAACAGUGCUCCACCGCCGUUGGAACUCGAGCAGCCAGAGCCAGCUCGAGCCUUGCUCAAGUCUGCCCCAAAAAGCUAUGAGCAACUUGCAGCUGAGAAUUCAGCGAUGAAAUUGGAGCUCGCAUUUCUCAAGAGCAAACUUGAACAGAAGGAUGACAAAAUUCUGGUAGACAAGUUCGCGCAAAAGUCGAAGAUUGCCGCUCAGCCACAUUCUCCACAAGCUUCAACUCGGACACCUCAACGAGCACCGCACCCGAGUCUCACGGGCAGCUGGACAAUGUGUUGCAGCUUCCAACGGCUUCUGCUCUCAAUGGGGUUACCAAGGAAAAUCACUUAGCCGAGUCAUUGAAACAAAUUCCAUUGUUACGACUUCCGAAGAAAGCUCUCUUCAGAAGCUUCCGUCAAAUGGCUAUUCAAGACUUGAUCGAAAUAUCGACUACUUCAAAGGGUAUCGCAUCAAGCAUAUCUUCAAUGCUGCUACACAUUCAAAAAAUUGUCAUCCGGAGCAAUGGCCGUAUUGAAAUCUGCAUCCACAAAGAAAACGAUAAUCCAGCGUCGUUCUUUUUCAACAACAGCUGCCCAACAGUUAAUGAUGGUUAUCGACUGCAAACAAUACUGGAAGCUAUACUGACAAUCUUUCAUCAAUGUUCAAUUAGUAUUGUGAAAAUCGAUAGGACAAACGAUGAAUUGGGACAUUUGACUCUUCUAAGCGACGGAUUUAAAAAUAUUCCAAUAAAUACACUGAGGCUUGAGAACUGUAGCACAGAACAUGCUUCACACCUUUUGAGUGUGAUAACACACGUCGAGUGUCAUUAAUUAUAAAAAAUGGAGAUAACAAUGUUACGAAAUCUCUCAUGUGGCAGAACGUUGAUGAAAUAGUGUUUGAAGAAGUCGGGAAACUGAACGAAAUAUUCCUGAGCAAUUCGAAGAUAAUCAUCAUGAACACUGAUUUGACGGCACAGGAACUUAAUGUUGUUUUGCAUGGUUGGACAAAAGGCUUGCUUAAAAUGGAGAGAGCAACUUUUUUCCUAAAAUCACUCAAUUGUUCCGAGUUACUCAGAGGGUUGGACAUAACCGCCAGUCAAGUAAAUGACACGGAUGUGCUCGUGACAGUAAAUCGAGAAGCUGAUAACAAGAAGGCGAGAAUGUAUAUAUAUGACCAGUUAAGACAGAUUGUCGUGAAUGUAGUACUUUCCCAAUAAUUAAUCUCGUCCACUGCAUCAUCUUUGUUUCAUGUUUCUAUCAAUCUCUCGUCCACUGCAUCAUCUUUGUUUCAUGUUUCUAUGUAUCAAUCUUUCUUGCAAUAAUUCCAAAAAAUGCAAGAAAACUUGCAAUAAAUCUUGCAAAAAUUGCAAUAAAUUAUUAUUAUAUUUUAA